CCUGUGGCCGGUAAACGGCCGACGGGCAGACGCGUAUCUUUAUUAGCCGCCUUUUCGCCACCCAACAACAACAACAAACAACCACGCCAAUCCACCACGCUAUACCGUUACUUGUCCAUUACUUGCUCGGCCUGUUGUUGCGGCUCUUCUCGAGCCGAUCUCCGAGUGCGAGGGCCACAGCUAGCUAGGUAGACAUCCCUCCGUCUCGGCGCUGUUAGAGACGAACUGGAGUUCGAGAGACUAGUCAGUCUGAUCGCAGCAAUGAGCUCUUCCGAAGAGUCGUCGGAGGACGAGGAGAGCAUUGCCCGAGCUCCUUAUCCAGCUCCCGUGCCAGCUCCUGCUCCAGCACCCAUGCCCAUUGCCAGGGCGCCUGUGCCGGUUCCAGCACCGCUUUCCGUGGCUCCUUAUCCAGAUAGAGUGCCAGAGAGUCAACCAGAAGCUGCGAGUAUGCCAAUGCCACAACCACAACCAACGGCUCCCAGUACUACUAUUUCGAUCGAGCCUCAACCAAUGACUCCUGUCCACCACACCAUCAGCGAGACAAUUAACCAUGACGAAGAACCACAACAAUCCAACGAUCAUCAUCAUAAUGCACUUGUUGUCAUGAAUGGCGACGACAAACCACCACCACACACUAAAUUGACGGCCGCUGCCGAGCUGAUCCACACGCUCGACACGGCGGCUGCACAAGCCAAUGCGGCCACGGCAGCAACGGCAUUGGAUGCCGAAAAGGCGAGAAUCUCAGCACGAACCGCUGCCGAAAUUGUAAGACGGUAUACUACAGGAUCGCAUCCUCGAGAAGGCACCGCCUUUGAUGAUGCUGGGCCACUCUCUCCUCAAUUGAAAUUGCAACAUCAUGCCAGUACGCCCGUGGCAAUUAGUGCCGGAAGAGCACCCAUGUCCAUGUCCAUCAACACGUCGUCCUUUUUUAGCAGCACAGCCGACAAUCACAGCCAAACUGACAAUACUAACAACAACCAUAAUAGUAAUAAUGGAUCCAAAACACCGAAUGGCAACAACAACAACAACAAUCAUCGAACAGCCAUUACACCCAUGAAGUAUCAUUUUCCAAAAACACCGCCUUCCACGGCCAGUCUCAUUGCCAAUUCACAUGUCGAAGAUUCCUUGUCGUUGUCACUUGAGCUGGAACGAGCCAAACAAGCACUUGAAGGAGAACGAAUGGCACAUGAUGAAACCAAAAAUAUUCUUGCGGAAGAACGAUCCAAAAAGAAUCUAGUAUUGCAAAAACUACAACGACUCGAAAGUAAUAUGGAAACACAACGAGAAACCAUUGGGCGAUCGGAGGAUGCAUUGGAAGAAGAACUGGAACGAACACGAUUUCGUAUGGAAGCCGCCGAAGAAGAUGCACAGCUGGCAUUGGAUUUUGCCAAGGAAAGUCAAGAGGGAAGAGAAAAAUGUGAAGAAAUGCUGGAAGAAGCAAUGGCAGAAAUACAAUCUCUGCGAGAACAGUUGGAGAAUAUGGCAUUUUACACCGUCGAAGCCAGCCAUCACAGUGAAUUUCCACAACAACAACAACAGCAAGGGUACUACCAACAGCAACAACAGCAAGGAUACUACCAGCAGCAGGAAGGAAGCUACCAACAACAACAACCACAAGAAGGAUACUAUGACAGUGGGAACAACACCGAUGGUGGGUAUUAUCCUGCCGAGGAACAGCAGCAACAAGAGUAUCAACCUCAACCGGAAGCUGAACAUCCCCAGGAGCAACCCGAAGAUGCACAGCCACAACCACCACCACAAUACGAGGAGCAGGAAUACCAGGAACAGGAACCACCGCCGACACCCACUGCGAAACAACAUCUCGAUCAAAGCAACGAGGGAACGCCUAAACACGUUCAUUUCUCGGAUCCAAUCAGCUUUUCUAAAUCACCCAGCGAAGACUCAUUUGAGCCCAAGGAGCCACCUCUGCAAGAGAUUGCUGCGCCUGCCGUGGACAUGGUCGAAAUGGAGGCACUCGACGAGGAACCACUUUCUCCGCUCGAAGAGGACGCAGAAUUUGGCAUGCCAACGACGACACCUAUUACGACCACUACACCGACAAGACCUGCUCGUCCUCUGGUAUCAGCCGGUCGAAAGUUGCUACAGAAAUCCACUGGAAAGGAUUACAGUGUCCAUGUGGACGAUAUGACCUAUUCCUUCGAAUUUACGCCGGAGAAAUCAGCUGAACGAAGGCAGCGACUGCGGGAUCAAUUGAAGCAGCUCGACUCGACAGUAGUAAUUCCAACCCCAGACCGAACGCCUCCGCCACAACAGAAACACUUGCAAUUCACUACCAAUUUCUACGACUUGUGUAAGAAUGCAGCCGAAAUCAUCAAGGCGAGUGGACAUCGGUUGGAAUUAGAUGGUCAGUGGUUCCGAGAAGCCACGUUCAAGGAAUCGGAGGAAGAAGAAACAACUCAUCUGGAUACGCUUGCUAAGCAGUAUUGCCAGUCCGUGGAGGUUAAAAUAUCACGGCAAAAGAGCGAGAUAACAGAGCUCGAGUCGUUAUGCUCGUUCUUGGAAGAAAGCGUUGCCAACGCGGCCAGCACCGCAACGGAUGACUACGGGGCUGAUUCGGGCGGUGAAGGCAAGUGGAAUUCUAGCUGGACAUAACACGGUAAUAGAGUAGCUAUCUAGAACUACACGUACUUGUAAUUUGUGUUGGCUACUAGCCUUGAUUGGGUGCUGUUGUGGCAUCGAAUCGUAUCCUA